UCUCCUCGGUCUUUGCUGUUCUGUUCAUUUCCGACGACAAAACGGUGCUUGCGGACAAUCCUUUUAUUCUAUUCUAUUUCUCACAACCUCGCGCUUUGUCUUGUCUUAACGAAAUCUAUUCCAUAAUCUCCGUUUUUCCUUUUGUUUCUCGCUUUGCUACAUAAAUGUUGUUCUACAUUUCAAGGUUGCAGAUCUAAACAAUAUCCACUUUCUAUUUAUCUACCUCUUUUUGAGGUUUGAUAUUACUUCGUAUUUGCUGUUGUUCUUGUUGUUGAAUCAGUUCCUUGAAAAGGAAAUUUAUCCUACACGUGUUAGCCUUUUUAGAGAUAUAACUGGUUCACUUCAAUUCUCAACUAAAUCAGGUAAUUUAGGUGUUGCAAUUCUUUCUUCAAUUUCAGUUAGGGUUUCGUUCUGUUAGCGAAUCUCAGAUAGUCUUUGUAAUGCUUCGGGUGAUUGAAUUCUUGAUGAGUUCAAAGUUAUCUUCUUUUUUCAUAUCUUAGUAAGUUGCAAGUCCUAUCAAUUUGAGUUAAUGGGAGCUGUAUAUUCUGUACUACUGCUAUUAUUUGAUUAAUAGUUGGGCUCUUAUCUUCAAAUUCCAUAACUUUUAAUACUCUUUAAGUUAUAAAAUGGAUUAUGGUAGAGAUUUUUCCAGUGGAAAUGUUGUCCAUGUAAUUCCUGGGAGUGGACCUGAGAAUUGGCUACCAAACUCAUUAGAUUCCAGUUCUGUUUGGGCAACAGAAGAUGAUUAUCAUGCUUGGAACAACUCUUCCGAUGGUCCUAAUGACAACACUUCCUCUAAUCCCAACUUUCAGUCAUCCCAAUCACGCUCUGGCAGUGAACCACCAAAUAAGAAAUCCAAGAACAACUCCCAAGAGCUGACUUCCAAGAAAUCAAUAGGGAAAAUGUUUUUCAAGACUAAAUUAUGCUGCAAGUUUCGGGCUGGUACUUGCCCUUAUAUCACGAACUGCAACUUUGCACAUAGCAUAGAGGAGCUUCGACGACCACCUCCAAACUGGCAGGAAAUUGUGGCUGCUCACGAGGAAGAGAAGGGAACUGCAAUAGAGAUAAGAGAGGAGUUCCAAAUUCCAUCUAUAGGGGGAUUCGGAGGGGAGACACAAAGGUCUUAUAAAGGAAGACAUUGCAAGAAGUUUUAUACAGAGGAGGGAUGCCCCUAUGGAGAUAAUUGUACGUUUUUACACGAUGAACAGUCAAAGAAUAGGGAGAGCGUAGCAAUAAGUUUGGGGCCAGGAGGAUAUGGCGGAGGAGGAGGAGGAGGAGGAGGAGGCGGAGGAGGAGGAGGGGGAGGCGGAGGAGGAGGAGGAGGAGGAGGAGGAGGAAGUGCUGCUGCUGGUGGAGCUGGAGGGGGAAAUGGAGCUGGUGCAGGGAAUAUAAAGCCAUCAAAUUGGAAAACAAGGAUUUGUAACAAGUGGGAACUCACUGGGUAUUGCCCAUUUGGGAAUAAAUGCCAUUUUGCCCACGGAUCUGCAGAGUUGCACCGUUAUGGUGGGGGGCUUGUAGAGUCAGAAGCUAAAGAUUCUUCUUCUGUCCCUUCUGAGCCAAAGCAGGGAGGAGUGCCUUCAAAAACUCCAGCAGAUACUGUGGUUGCAUCAGUGACUUCAGUUUCUCAUUUGGAUGUGUAUCAUCAUGGAGUUACAUCACAAAGGCCAUCCAUUUUGAUUCAAAGGUCUGGACAAAGAACUCAUCAAAAAUGGAAAGGCCCAGACAAAAUCAGUAGGAUAUAUGGUGAUUGGAUUGAUGAUAUUGAAUAGAACAGGAAAUUGGUUUCCUUUAUUCAAGGAACCUGAUCAGAAUUAAAAUGUUCAAUGGUUCAAGGAAGAAAGUUUAAAUGGAGAAAGUAGCAUUUUCUUUGGACAUAAAUAGAUCAUGGAGCUUCAGCUUUUGGCUGUACAGCUUCAACUUAUAAGAGACUUUGGAUGGAGUCUCAGUCCUAUCAUCUUUUACAUGUGUAGUUGUAGACUUGUAGUUUGGAAAUUUGAAGUGUGUAUUACAUCUGUAAUCUUCAUCUUUGUAUCAAUUGUAGUAACCGGGAUGACUCAUCUGAAGAGAAACUUUUAUCUUUGUAGUUGUACCACUUUUUUAAAUUUACCAAAACAUUUCUUUC